ACUAGAGGCUUCAGCUCGGUUCGCUUUAGUUCUCCUGUCCGCUGGCUUCCCGGAGACUGUCACCGGGCGGGUGUCCGAGCUCACGGCAGCGCGGCCCGGGUAGGGUCGGCUUCGUCCCCAAGCUCGCAGUCCCGGCCGCCGUCUUCGGGGGCGACAUGGCCGGGGCCCGCUGCGGUCGUCCGAGCGUGAGGCCGCCCCUCGCAGCCCGCGCGCUCCAGUGGCCCCUGGGCCAGCGGGCCCCGGUGUCGUCCUAAGCAACCCCGUCCGCGCCCCGCGGGCUCGGCGCUCACGGCCGCAUGGCCUCCGAGGCGCCCUCGCCGCCUUCGCCGCCGCCGCCCGCCUCCCCCGAGCCGGAGCUGGCGCAGCUCAGGCGGAAGGUGGAGAAGUUGGAGCGCGAGCUGCGGAGCUGCCGGAGGCAGGUGCGGGAGGUGGAGAAGCUGCUGCAGCACACGGAGCGGCUCUACCGCAACGCCGAGAGCGACAACCAGGAGCUCCGCACGCAGGUAGAAGAACUUAGUAAAAUACUCCAUUGUGGGAAAAAUGAAGAUAAUCCGAAGUCUGAUGUAGAAGUACAGACAGAGAGCCAUGCUCCUUGGGCGAGUUCAGAUUAUUACUAUCAGACAUAUUAUAAUGAUGACGGUCUUCCCAGUAGAGAGACGGAACUGUGUGAACAGCAGAGUCAGUAUGCUCAGGCUUCUGCUCUUAACCCUAAGGAUGAGUCACACAUAGACAAUGGGAGUUAUGCUGGCCCUGAUGGCACAGAGGGCGUUAGCCAUAGACAGGAGGAUGCCGUCACCUCUGACUCACAGGAGAGUGUGUCCACGCUAGCAGAAGGCCCAGCACUCGAAGGGUCCUCGCUUGCUGAGAGCUUGAGAGCCGCAGCGGAGGCUGCUGUUUCGCAGACCGGCUUCACCUAUGACGAGAGCACAGGCUUAUAUUUUGACCACAGCACUGGUUUCUAUUAUGAUUCUGAAAACCAGCUGUAUUACGACCCUUCCACCGGGAUUUAUUACUACUGCGACGUGGAGAGCGGUCGGUACCAGUUUCACUCUCGCGUAGACCUGCAGCCUUACCAGACCCCUAGCACAAAACCAAACAGAGAUAGAAGGUUGAAGAAGAGAAGAAAGGAGCCAGGAUUUUAUACAGCAAAUGAAGGAAAGGAUUUGAGCUCAGAAGAUCAGAAAGUCUGCAGUGUAGACUAUAUAAACUGCAGUGAGGAUGAACAUUCUGGAAAUGUGAAAAAGAAGGCCAGAACAGACACUUCUCACAAAAGCAGUCCCUUACAGCUCACGGUGGCAGUUAGUGGAGACACUGUGGAGUCUCCUGGAGAUGAUAACUCAGCGUCAUCUAAGGAUGAGAGAAUGGGAGAGAGUGAGAGCGAGCCAGAAGAAGGUGAGAUCACAGACUCUCAGAGUGAGAAGAGCUAUGAUGGAGACAGUAGCAGUGGGGACAGGGAGACCUCAGAAGAAUCUGACGAUGAAGAUGAGGAAAGAAUUUGGCCGCCCUGUAUUCGGGUGAUUGUCAUUAGGUCUCCAGUGUUGCAGAUGGGCUCGCUGUUUAUCAUCACUGCUGUGAGCCCAGCCACCAUUGGGAGAGAGAAGGACAUGGAGCAUACUGUGAGAAUCCCUGAAGUCGCUGUUAGUAAGUUCCAUGCAGAAGUUUAUUUCGACCAUGACUUGCAAAGCUACGUUCUUGUGGAUCAGGGCAGCCAGAAUGGUACCAUUGUCAACGGGAAACAGAUUCUUCAGCCAAAAACUAAAUGUGAUCCUUACGUCCUUGAACACGGUGACGAAGUGAAAAUUGGGGAGACUGUGCUGUCUUUUCACAUUCACCCUGGCAGUGAGACGUGCGAUGGCUGUGAGCCGGGGCAAGUCAGAGCUCACCUCCGCCUUGAUAGAAAGGAUGAGCCUCUGGUUGGUCCAGCACUAAGUAAGGAGGAAAAAGAGUUGGAGAGAAGAAAAGCACUCAAGAAAAUACGAGUAAAGUAUGGCUUGCAGAAUACAGACUAUGAAGCUGAAAAAGCACUGAAGAACCCUAAGUAUAAAGACAGAGCUGGGAAACGCAGGGAGCAGGUGGGGAGCGAAGGGACUUUCCAAAGAGAUGACGCCCCUGCAUCUGUUCACUCUGAAAUUACAGAUAGCAACAAAGGCCGAAAGAUGUUGGAGAAGAUGGGGUGGAAACAGGGAGAAGGCCUUGGGAAGGAUGGUGGAGGGAUGAAAACGCCGAUCCAGCUUCAGCUUCGACGGACACAUGCCGGCUUGGGGACAGGGAAGCCGUCCUCGAUUGAUGACGUUGACCUCCUUCAGAAUAAGAGCAAAAAACACUGGGACAAAGCCCGGGAGCGGUUUGCGGAAACCUUCACAGAAAACAAACCUCGGAAAGAGGCCCCAGGGGCAGUGCCGUGGGUGACAGGGACUGCAGAGUAAAGGCCUGUCUGUCACACGGGAACUCGGAGCUUCAAAGGAGAAAGAGUUUGCAAACUUUAAUGUAGAAGCUGUGCUCCUAGAAAGUCACUGGAGGAACUCUCAAGAUGGCUCCCUGGUCGACACGUGUGGGGACAUGUGGCUUGUAGCUUGUAGAAAGCAGUUCUUACCCACCAAGCAGGAGCUUGUGCAGGAAGUGGGCUCAAAGAGCUGCCAGACCUUUGUUGUUGUGGCCUGUCACUCACCCUGUGGAGAGCAGCUGACCAUGUGAGCAGCGCACGUAACCACUACUGACUCCAGUGCGUGUCCUGUCUCUGUCAUCAUUACCAUGACACACAGACAUCAGACCUUUAUAAAACAAUUCUAUGUGUAUACUUGUUUACACCUUUUAGAGCUUAGGGUUUUUUAAAAAGUCGAGAAACCAUGGGUAGUGGAGCCUAAUUUUACUAUCCUUGAAAUAACUGCAGUAAUAAUAGUGAAGAAUUGAUGGCAGGUGACAGACUGUAGGAAAUUAGUCUCACACUGUUUUCUUCUGUGAAGAAUGUUGGUUUGUACUAUAGAGUCAGCUUUGCCUUUGGUUUGUCCUAGCUGAUGGAGUAUUUCAUAUAGACGACUGGGUGCAGUGCUGGCAUAUUCAGUAUGCUAGCAUUUUUAGUUUUGAUAAAUACCAUUGCGGGCAAUGGGACUGUGCUCGAGAAAUCUGAUGACUAGGGCAGAUGGGUUACUAGGCCAAGGCUUCAAACAUUUACUGGAAAUGUCUUCAAAUGCAA